UAUGGCCUAGUUGAGGGUUAGGUUUAGAGAUGGGGCUAUAUUGAGAAAUUUUCGUCGAUGGGACUGUGCUGAUGAAUAUAUAUUUGUAUACGUAGAUAUUAUCGAUAGCGUAGAAUCCAAGGAAUUCACUAAGGGCAGGUAAAAUUAGGAGGGCUUCGAGCACUCUCUGAAAUGUCCCGACAUGAAGGCGUUAGCUGUGAUGCGUGCUUGAGAGGAAAUUUUCGUGGACGACGUUACAAGUGUUUAAUAUGCUAUGAUUAUGAUUUGUGUGCUGCAUGCUAUGAAGUAGGAGCAACCACCACAAGACACACGACUGAGCACCCUAUGCAGUGUAUUCUAACUAGGUCAGAUUUUGAUUUGUAUUAUGGUGGUGAAGCGCUUAGUGUAGAGCAGCCGCAGGCUUUCACGUGCCCAUAUUGUGAAAUGGGCUUUACUGAAACAACAUUGCAAGAGCAUGUUGCCUCAGAACAUUCAGAAACGUCUUUUCGAAGUGGGGUUCUUGGUGCUGAAAACUUGUGUUAUAAAGGGAAUCUGUUUGAGAUCUCAGAAAAGUAUAAUAUGAUGUUACAAAAUAUAAUCUUUGCUGUUCUCACACAGGUUUGCCCAAUAUGCGCAUCCCUACCUGGGGGUGACCCAAAUUUGGUUACUGAUGACUUCGCGGGUCACCUAACCUUAGAGCAUCGCAGUGGACCUCGGGACCUGGAUGAACCGACAGGAUCAAGGCAUGGAGUACGGAGGAUACCACACUCAUCACGUGGCGUUGGAGGACCUAGAGCUAGAAGAUCGAACAUGCACUUCAGCUCAUCUGGUGGAUUAUCUUCACUUUCACCUUCAAGCCGAGAAAGUGUCGACCCAAUAGCAGAACUCCUGUCCCAGCUGUCUGGAGUGCGCCGCUCAGCAGCUGGGCCUGGUUCCACGCCUUCACAGCUCCAGCAGCUGCAGAUGCAGCUGCAGUUGGAGAGGCAGCAGGUGAGGAGUACUGACCAGCAGGGGCAUGGAAGAAUUUAUUUAAUAAAGGCAAAAAAGCCAAAGCGUAGGAUCUGGGAUGCAGGCUUCUCAUCUGGUGGAUUAUCUUCACUUUCACCUUCAAGCCGAGAAAGUGUCGACCCAAUAGCAGAACUCCUGUCCCAGCUGUCUGGAGUGCGCCGUUCAGCAGCUGGGCCUGGUUCCACGCCUUCACAGCUCCAGCAGCUGCAGAUGCAGCUGCAGUUGGAGAGGCAGCAGGUGAGGGCUGCACGACAACAACUGGAGCGGUUACCUCGGAGGCAAACACAAACGGCUUCAUCAGCAAAUACUGGUGGAGCGGGAUCUUCGGGUUCAGGGUCAGCUGGAACCACGGCAACUGGAAAUCCUGCUGCGCCAUCAGAGUCAAAAGCUCAGAAUUCUCAUAACAGUUCUCAGUUCCUGCUUUCUAGAUGCUUCAAUCCACAUCUGACAGAUGCGGAGCUCCAAGUUUUGGAACGAGAAAGGGCAAAUCGUAGCCUCUUUGUGCAGGAAGUUGUUUUAUCAUCAAUUGUCGAAGAAGCGUCGAAGCUGUCCUUGACGGGAAAAGGUGCCGAAGUGAUAGGAGUACGGAAAGAAAGUGAAGAAAAAGCUGCUGCUGAGGAAGAGUGUGUAACUUUGAAAACAUCAGCUGGUGCCCCAUUAGAUAAUACAAAAAAUUUCUCGGAAGGAGAGGGGAGAAGCACGGACUCCCAAGGGAUAACUGCACCUCAGCAGCCCAUUGGACAGGGUCAUCAGCCUGCACCUGUGGCAGCUGCACAGGUCUAUACCUGUAUGCCCCACACAGUGCGCCAUCGAGAGCACCUACUACAGCAGCAAGUUGUUAAGCAGCAUCAGCAUCUUCUCCCACAGGCCCAGCAACAACCGCAGCCUGUCCCAGGAACAGUAAGGCGUGCUGCACCAACUGUUGCUAGAGGCCCUGCUCCAGUGCUGACUCGACAGUCGGUGCCGCCACCUCCGCAGCGAGUGCAAGUGGUCCCAACAGUACGGGUUGUGACAGGCACUGGCACAGUCAGGGAAGUUGCCCCAUCCCCUCUCCUUUCAGUGGCUGCAGCUCUUCCCGUACCAGGUGCUCGAGGCGGCGCCUCUUCCCCUGCUCCUUCUCGUAGGAAGCCUGUUCGACCGGGAACUGGCAGUAGCACAGGAGCCACAGAAGCUAGUGCAGGCACUAGGAAUCGUUCUGCCGAACCCCCGCCACCUCGUUAACAAAUGGCUAUUGGUCCUGUAUCUAGUCCAGCUGCUUAGAAUUAAAUUCCACUGUUAAUUCAUUGGAUCCUUCAUUUAUUUGUAAUUAUAUUUUGCCAUCUGUGUACAAACUGUGUGAAAGUUGGUGAGUCUGACAUAAAGAGACAUCCUCUUGUUCUUCGUGGGAGUCAGGAUAUCUAUUUGUUGACUGUGACCGUGGUCACUCGUUAGUCUGUCACAGUUUUUGCUAAAUUUUAAAAGCAAAUAUAUAUUCAGCAGUCUCAGAUCUUUGUAUUAAAGAUUUGAAUUAUUGUGACAUUCUUACAUUUGGGGUAGGGUUCUGUUGUAUAUUGUUAUAUAUAUGUAUAUGACUAUAUAAGUAAGUCGUAACUAAACCUUGAUAUAUAUGUUAAUAUACUUGGUAAUAAACACCUCGGGCAUGUCAGUCUGACCAGCUUUUGCAGACUGUUGUAAAAUAGCUUGUGUGUGCACUGUGUGUGUGUACUUGAAUCUGCAAGAUGUGGAUGUGCAUGGUAGACUGUUGAGAAUGAACUGAUCUUGUUUUCCAUAAAUACAAAUGUAAAAUAUCUUUUUUUUUUUAAGACAUAGUCUUUGUUAAGGCAAAGAGAGAAGUCCUAUCCAUUUUAUUUCCUUUUUUUCCCCCCCUACCUUUAUUAUUUUGUAAUCUCUUCUGUGAUUUAUUGCACAGAGUGCUUUACAGUUCUGGCACACUCAUAGACUGUUAAUUAUUCAUGUGAGGGAUUAAACUUUGCUCUCUGUUAAAUGCAGAUGUGUAACUAUUAACAGGUCUAACAAAUGAUUUUCUGUAACAAUCUCAUGAAAUCUAUUUAGGUGAGCACCGUGCAUCAGAUUUUAUAGACUUUUUUCGAUUAAUAUGGGCAUGUGCUGCUGCAGUAGUAGUCUUUAUUGCCACAUUUUAUUUGUAUUUGCUGUAAUUAAAUCAAUUAAGCCCUAUAAAAAAUGUGCUUAAACUUUAUUGUUUGGGAGGACAGAUAACAGUUCAGAGUAAUUUUGUCUUUUUGUUUUGACAUCUCACUGGUUAAUAAAGCUGUCAUACAAUUGGGAGUGUUUGUUUUAGUAAUAUUAUCAUCACACUUCUGUGCAACCAUCCUGAAUAACUUGUAAAGACAUUAUGCACAACUGCCGUUUGGUUUUGUUCUGUAAUUUAUUUUGUGCAGUUACUACCUAAAAGUGUUAUCUUUGUUACAUUAAUACUUGGUUAAGAGUAUACCCAAGUAAUAUCAGCAUAAUGAUGGUGGAACAACUCGGAUUUGUAAUGCCUCAUAUAUCAUUAUAAAUACAAUAUUUAUUAUCUAUUAGGUUUAAUGUUGUAAACAGAUGCCAGACUUCUUUAGAAUAAUGUGGAAUAUAUGUUAUAUGCUUCUUUUUUUAUUAAAAUGUGUCAAAACUUGAUGAAAAGUUUUCACUUCAUAAGAUGAGUAGCAUUAUUAGAACUAUUGGAUCAGGUAGUAUGUAAAAUUUCUUUUGGUAUAUUGGAAGAUAUCACUGUGAUAAAAUAUAAAUGCAGCACACAGCUGGUUUUCUUAUCUAAAGUACUGCACUAUUAAUUUGUCACAGCAAAUUGCUUAUUAAGCAUGAAUAUCGGAGAGCAUUUUUACCAAAAUCAUGCAUGUAAUUGUCUGUACCAGACAGUCUCCAUUAUAUACUGUUUGAUGCAGCUCAUAUAGCAGUUGCGUAAAGAAAAUUUGUGCCCAGAUCAAUAUUUCUGGAGCUACUGAUGUUGAACUUAACCAGUGAAAUACAUAAUAACCCUCUGCACUAUUCCAAAAUAUGAUUGUAACUCUGUUCAGUUUCCUUUCAGCCCCCUUUCAUUAUUGAGAUUUGCUUUACAAUAGUUAUACAAUAAAUAUGUAUAGAAGAUAUAGUGAGGCUAGAAAUAAAAAUUUAAGGAUUCUGAUACAGCUUAGCUCCAGGAUAUUUGAAUUACCUAAUAAAGGUUAUGCAUAAAUUGCAUAAUACUAAUGACCUUAAAGUAAAAAUGAAAAUAAAUACUUUUUGGUAAGAAA